CCAGCAAGCUGAAAAUAUAGCUUCUGAUUUUGUUGUUUGCCUCCAAGCAGCUCAAGCUGUGCAGGUUGUUUGGCUUCAGCUUUCAAAAAUGGCCCCUGGAUUUUGUUUGAGGGUGCUCUUGCUCUCACUACUAGCCUUUGGGCCACAUGUAAAAGCACUAAGCUACAGAAGUGAAGAUUCCACUGGUGUCAAACCUUACUUUGAGCUGGCAGAAGAUUAUCCAAGCAGCCACAAGCCUGGUUUAGCCUCCUCCUAUUAUGAGAGUUCUGCACAACCUGGAGGUUUUUUGGGUAGGUCUGGACCCAGUUACCCUCAAAGUGGUUCAUCUGAGGCACUGAAUCCUGCUGCUGCUGGAGUUUAUGGUGGUUCUUAUGUUUGGCAAGUAGAUGGUUACAGUCCAGAGAGAAGUGUUUCCAGUUACGGGCCAUUGAUUAAUUCAAAACCUGGACAGAACCCACAGCGGCCACAUGGUCAAACUAACGCAAAUGGUGUCCUCCAGACAAAAGCUGGUAUGUGGGACUUUGCUUUUUCCCAGGAGGGUGCUGCUAUUGACAACCAGGCCAAGCCCCAGCAGCCGAGCUACCCGUCCAAGCCUCAGCAGCCUCAGCAGCCUCAGCAGCCCCAGCAGCCCCAGCAGCCCCAGCAGCCGACCUACCCGGCCAAGCCCCAGCAGCCCCAGCGGCCGACCUACCCGGCCAAGCCCCAGCAGCCCCAGCGGCCGACCUACCCGGCCAAGCCCCAGCAGCCCCAGCGGCCCCAGCGGCCGACCUACCCGGCCAAGCCCCAGCAGCCCCAGCAGCCCCAGCGGCCGACCUACCCGGCCAAGCCCCAGCAGCCCCAGCGGCCGACCUACCCGGCCAAGCCCCAGCAGCCGACCUACCCGGCCAAGCCCCAGCAGCCCCAGCGGCCGACCUACCCGGCCAAGCCCCAGCAGCCCCAGCGGCCGACCUACCCGGCCAAGCCCCAGCAGCCGACCUACCCGGCCAAGCCCCAGCAGCCCCAGCGGCCGACCUACCCGGCCAAGCCC